GAUUUUUAUUCAGGCUUUCUCAGAGGUCGCCCUUUUGUAGCCCUGAUGCGUUCUAUUGCAGUCCCCGCUCUUGUGUAGGGAUCCACCGCUAACCUGAAGCUGUGGUGAGGACCAAGAGUUCCAUCAGAAAUGUCUGUGAGGGAGUCUUUUAACCCUGAAAGCUAUGAGCUGGAGAAAAGCUUUAGGCUCACACGCUUCGCUGAGCUGAAGGGGACAGGUUGCAAGGUUCCUCAAGAUGUUUUACAGAAGCUGCUCGAAGCCUUACAGGAGAACCACUAUCAAGAGGAUGAACAGUUCUUGGGGGCAGUUAUGCCUCGAUUAGGCAUAGGCAUGGACACAUGUGUCAUCCCUCUCAGACAUGGUGGACUCUCUCUUGUUCAGACGACAGAUUACAUCUACCCUAUUGUUGACGACCCCUACAUGAUGGGACGAAUUGCUUGUGCCAAUGUUCUAAGUGACCUGUACGCCAUGGGAGUGACGGAGUGUGACAACAUGUUGAUGCUUCUGGGAGUCAGCAACAAGAUGUCAGAAAAGGAAAGAGACAAAGUGAUGCCGCUGAUCAUUCAGGGAUUCAAGGAUGCUUCAGAGGAGGCCGGAACAUCUGUGACAGGGGGACAAACGGUGGUCAACCCCUGGGUGGUGAUGGGAGGAGUCGCUACAACAGUCUGUCAACCCAACGAGUUCAUCAUGCCAGAUAACGCAGUGCCGGGAGACGUGUUGGUGCUGACCAAACCGUUAGGGACGCAAGUAGCCGUCGCAGUGCACCAGUGGCUUGAUAUCCCAGAGAAGUGGAACAAGAUCAAGCUGGUGGUAACCCAGGAAGACGUGGAGCUGGCCUACCAUGAAGCUAUGCUCAACAUGGCCCGGCUAAACCGUACAGCUGCUGGCCUCAUGCACACUUUCAACGCACACGCAGCCACCGACAUCACCGGGUUCGGCAUCCUCGGCCACGCCCAGACACUGGCACGACAGCAGCGGAGUGAGGUUUCAUUCGUCAUCCACAACCUCCCCGUGCUCGCCAAGAUGGCCGCCGUGUCCAAGGCCUGCGGGAACAUGUUUGGACUUAUGCAUGGCACCUGCCCCGAAACAUCAGGAGGUCUGCUGAUCUGUUUGCCCCGGGAGCAGGCUGCCCGCUUCUGUGCCGAGAUCAAAUCUCCGAAGUACGGCGAGGGCCACCAAGCUUGGAUCAUCGGGAUCGUAGAGAAAGGAAAUCGCACGGCUCGCAUUAUCGACAAGCCGCGAAUCAUCGAGGUGGCGCCACCAGCAGCCACACAGAAUGUCAACCCGGCACCUGGCAAAACUUCCUAAUCCUUGAUUCGUUGCCUCAUAGACCUGAACCCCCAAAACCUCUGUUGAGAGUUUUUUUAGACUUAUAAACUACAAAACCAUUGUAGAGUGCUGACAAAUUCACACAAGAUAGUAAAAAAAAAACAACAAAGACUGG